CCCUUUGACUCAUCUGACCCGCCUUGACACCCCAUGGGAGUGGACUGAGAGAUGCGAGGCUGCUUUUAGACAUUUGAAGCAUGCGUUGACGCAUUAAUAAGUCUUAAAACUUCAUGAUCCUGACAAGCCAUUUAUAAUGACUACGAAUGCUAGCCAAUAUGGCAUAGGCGCCGUACUUGCACAACAGGAGGGGAAAAAGUUGAGGCCUAUCGAGUACAUGUCCAAAAAGAUGUCAUCUCAUAAGUUGGCAAAGUCCACCUAUGAGAAGGAGCUCUAUGUUGUGUACAAGGCUCUGACCCAUUGGAGACACUAUCUCCUCGGGAGGUUCUUCAUCCUCAGGACUGACCAUCAGACCUUGAGAUGGAUGAGAACUCAGCUGGUACUCUCUUACGCUCUCAAGCGUUGGAUCGAAGUCAUAGAGCAGUAUGACUUCGAACCCCAGUACAUCAAGGGCGAGUACAACAAGGUUGCUGAUGCCUUGUCGCGUAGACCUGGUUUCUCAGGUGCGCUGAUCACUGAGUUUGGGCUUGUGGACAAUGCUACUCAGUCCAUGGUGGAAGCCUAUCGCGAGGAUCCGUUCAUGUCGGAGAUCAUCCGCAGACUCGAGGCGAAGGAGAAAGUCACUUCUGUCGAGUUUGAGUUGGUCAACGGCUUGCUGUUCCUUGACAAGGCCGGGAAUAAACGUUUGUGUGUUCCUAAUAGGGAGUCUUUGCGUAGUUUGUUUUUAGGAGAAAGUCAUGAUGCCACCGGACAUUUUGACUUUAAGAAGACUGCAGCCAAUCUGUUGCAGCGAUUUUGGUGGCCCGCGAUGAUGAGAGAUGCGAAAUUGUACGUGGAGACUUGUCAGGUCUGUCAAAGAGACAAGCCACGUACUCGGGCUCCUCUUGGGCUCCUGAAGCCCCUUCCGAUUCCGGAAAGGCCUGGUGAAAGCUUGUCCAUGGACUUCAUGGAUACACUGGUCACCAGCAAGAGUGGGAUGAGACACAUCUUCGUUAUUGUGGAUAGAUUUAGUAAGUAUGCUAGGUUAGUAGCGAUGACGGAAACAGCAAAAACGGAGUAUGUGAUUAGAAUGUUCAAAGAGAAAUGGGUCAGGGAUUUUGGUUUACCGAAGUCUAUCAUAAGUGACAGGGAUGUCCGAUUCACCAGCGAGUUGUGGAAGGCCGCCGCUGCGGAACAGGGAACACAGUUGCAAAUGACUUCUGGGAAUCGCCCAGAGGCCAAUGGCCAAGCCGAGCAACUGAACCGCGCUGUCCAACACCUGUUGAGGCAUUACAUCAAGCCCAACCAGGUGGACAGGGAUAAGAAGCUUGCUCUCAUCGCCAACAUGUACAACAACGCGAUACACAACGCUACCGGGGUGAGCCCAAACAGCUUAUUACUGACUUUUAAGCCUAGACUACCCUUGGAUUUCCUCCUUCCUGAGAAACAGGUAGCUGCUGCUCCGGGUACCUUAGAAUUUGCUUACCGGUACGAACAGAAGAUGCAGCAGGCUGUAGAACAGAUGCAGAAGGCACAGGCGGCUAUGAUAGAAUUUGAGAACAAACAUCGCAAUGAGUCUUCAUUUCAGGUUGGGGACAGAGUCUGGGUUAAGUCCUCAGAACUAGGACAGGAGCACGGGAUCUCCCGCAAGCUCAUGCCACAAUACUUUGGACCAUGAGAAGUCUUAGAUAUUGUUGAGACUGAUCCGGAUGGACCUUCUUACGUAGUCUGGAUCCUUGGUCAUCU